CGGGGGAAAAAAGCAAACAAAAACAACGAAAACAAUUCUAUCAACUAUGUUGAUCUAAUGACAGAUCUGCUCGUGUACACGCAAAAUGAUGCUAUUUUUCCCUCUAAAAUGUUGCGAAAGUUAUGCCGGAAAUAAUUUUUAAAUUAUUCUUGAGCAGUGAAGUCUAAAAUAAAACAGUUGUACAAACAAUGAAAGGCCUUUACUGCCAUUAUUGCAGCUUGCUAUGGAAUAUGGUGGGAGCUGGAUGCAUUAAACAGCGACAUUUUGUACGUUAGACCUGCCUUCGAGGGUAAGUCUUUGCAGACGAUAUUAGUUCUCCAAUAGCAUGCUUCAGUUUUGCAGGCGUUUUAAAUGGCGCUUAAACUUGAGCUUUGAAGCUAUAAGUUUCGAAAGUCUGUUAACAAAAGUAUUUUUCCUAAUGCAACAAAUUCUUCAUAAUUAUCCAUUUUUAAAAUGGAUAGGAGCAAUUGUUGUCUGUUUCAAGCUAUUCAAGUUAUCUACAUUUUUACUAAAACUAGCUUAUCCUUAUUUAAGAAAGAAUUUCGAAUUCACCUGGAAGGAACUAGCAAAAUGGGCAGUUAUUACUGGUGGUACUGACGGAAUAGGAAAAGCUUAUGCUGAAGAGUUAGCAGAAAGAGGCUUUAACAUAUGCUUAAUUAGCAGAAAUAUUGAAAAGUUAAAUGAAGUAGCUACAGAAAUACAGAAAACGUAUAAAGUAUCAACAAAAAUUAUAAAUGUUGAUUUUACUGCUGGCCCUGAAAUAUAUAAUAUAAUCAAAAUUCAUUUGGAUGAAUUAGAUGGUGGAGUAGGAAUUUUAGUGAAUAAUGUGGGAAUGAGUUACAAAUAUUCUGAGUACUUUCAUGCUAUUCCUGAUGGGCUAAAGGUUAUGAUGGAUUUGAUAAAUUCUAAUAUUGCAUCCUGCACUAUGAUGACAAAACUCAUAUUGCCUCAGAUGGAAGAAAGAGGUAAAGGUCUCAUUAUUAACAUAUCAUCUCUGAUUGCUGUAUACCCAACACCAUUACUUACAACUUAUGCUGCAUGCAAGGCAUAUGUAGACUACUUCUCGAGAGCUCUACAACAUGAAUAUAAAGACAAAGGGAUCUCCAUACAGUGUGUGCUCCCAGGAUAUGUUGCAACAAAAAUGUCAAAUAGAAGAAAACGUUUGGAAGUACCAUCAGCAAAAGCAUUUGUUUCUAGUGCAAUCAAAACAGUAGGCUUAGAAGAUUACACUUAUGGAUAUCUGCCUCAUAAAUUGAGGGGUUUUUUCCAUGAAUGGUUAAAAGCAAACAUGCCAACUUUUGUAAAUAUGGCAAUAGCAUUACAUUACAUGACCAAAAGUAGGAAAAAUUAUUUCAGAAGAUUGCAGAAAAAAGAUAAAAAGUGAAAACCAGAAAUUUCAAUGCAUCUUGAUUAUUUAACACCGAGCUGUUUUCAGAAUGUGAUUCAUUUACUUAAGAUUAUUAAAAUUAAAUGUUAGUAACAGAUUA